CAUGGUUUCUCGGUAUAUAGUCUGGGAAGCAAACGGGAUUUCUCCAGUGACAACAAGAAAGAAGAACAUACUGAUCUCCAAUCUCAGGUUUUUGCAGAUUCUUAAGAAAUUUUCUCAACUAGCUGAGGUGCAAGGCCUCCUGAAACUGAACUUCUUUUCCAAUUCGCCCAAUGGCAAAAGCACAGCCAAGUGCCACAGAAAUGAGUCAGGUAGUCAAGGAAGUUGCAGUUACCAUAAAGACGAAGAUGGACAACUUGCCUGCCGUGUCCACCGAGUGUUGCAUCUAUCGAGUGCCUGAGAAGUUGCGUAAAGCAAAUGCAGAGGCCUACACACCUCAAGUCAUAUCCAUCGGGCCAUUCCACCGUGGUAAGAAAGAGCUUCAGUUGAUGGAGGAGAUCAAACUGAGGUACUUGACAGGCUUCCUCUGCCGCGGCAAGGCUGACCUCCCAGCUUGUACCAGAAUGAUCAGCGAAUCGGAAGGCCACAUUCGACAAUGCUACCAUGAAAAGCUUACCCAAAGCAGCUGUGAGCUCCUAGAAAUUAUCUUAGUGGACGCAGUUUUUUUAGUUGAGCUGUUCAUAAGGAACCGUAACUGGAACCAUGACCCCAAGCACCGAGACCAGAACGACGAGGUAUUCAGCAAGCAGUGGAUGAGCAAUGCUGUAUUCCACGACGUCCUGCUGCUGGAAAAUCAAGUCCCGUUCUUUGUCCUCGAGAAUCUCUAUAAUCUCACCGCAUUAAGUACCACUGUCACGUUCUUCAAGCUUAGCUACGAGUACUUCAAAGACAUCCUACACGGGCACGAGCUCGCAAGCACGAGAGUUCAGAUGAAGCACCUCGUAGACUACGUGCGAGCCCUGCAACUGCCCUCGUUCCCACGAGGUGUGACGUCCAAAAAUGGCAAGAAAUUCGAGCUGACUCGGAGUGCAAAGGAGCUGCAAGAGGCUGGUGUCAAGUUCAGAUGCGGGGAGGGAAUCUCCUCCCUGCUUGAUGUCGACUUCAGGGACGGGACCCUCGUGAUGCGGCAUGUGGUUGUGCACGAGUGGACUGAGGCAUACUUCAGGAACAUGAUUGCGUACGAGCAGUGCCACCACGACAACAAGUGCAUCAGCAGCUAUGCCAUCCUCAUGGACAGCCUCAUCAACACGCCCGAAGACAUCGACAUUCUAAUUAGCUGUGGAAUUGUGGAAAAUCAGCUAGGGAGUGUGGACAACGUGGCUCGUCUCUUCAACAACAUGUACAAGGAGACCAUGAGGGAGUCCAGCGAGUUCCUCUACACGAACCAGUGCCAGAGCCUGAACACGUACAGCAGAACCCAGUGGAACCGGUGGAAGGCUGCCUGGUACCGGUGGAGGGUCAUCCUGCACCGAGACUACUUCAGCAACCCGUGGUCUGGGAUCUCCGUGGUCGUUGCGGUGUUCCUGCUCGUUCUGACCUUGUUUCAAACUGCGUGUUCCUUUCUGGAUAUUUAUGCGGGCGACGCCUGGAGAUUAUUCCGUAGGCGCAAGUAGUGAUAUAAAAGGCAUUACUGGUACCAAGGAAUGGAAAGUCUCAAACUAAAUUUCCAAUCCUAAACGCUCUUGUCAAUGGCCGCUUCAUUUAUGAAAUAAAGCGUAAAGACCACAGAGGAAAUCUUAAUGAUGCCCGGGAUAAAUAUUGACUUGAGUCUCUCUCCUGCCAGAAAGGUUGACUAAACACUAGAACACACAAACCGUUGGCGAGAUAAAUUUGCCAAGUCAAGACAAGAUUUAG